AUGACGCAAACAACUAUUAAAAACUUUGUGAGGCUUCACGUCACAGUGAACAUAACCGGCCUUGUGGACGUGAAGGAGCGCCGUGAGUAUGGAUUUUGUGCAGCGGCUGACGGUAAUUUCCGGAAGGCCUUUGAUGAUGUGAUCGGCAAGACAUCCACCGGAGGCAUACUCGAGCAAUAUAGUGUCUCCCCGUUUUCGGUCGUGAUUGAGUCCCCAAAGCAGCGGAGGAUAGAGGGGCAUGACUGGAAUUUGUCGAGCAACUCCUUCUCCUUCUUCAGGGAUUCGGAUUCGGAACCUUUGGCAGUUUUCACGGCAAUCAACGGCGGGAGAUUAUUAUCUUGGUUGGUUUUGGCGAUAGAGACGAAACCAAAACCACCCUUUCCGAGGGUUUCUCCUCUAACCCAACUCGUUCUUCAUUGUCAAGUUCAUUCACUGUAUAGAGCAACUGCAUUUGACGAACAAGCACACCAAGUGGAGAUCUUCCACUCAUUUGCAUCUGAAACCGAGUAUCUUUUUCCCACGCUUCAAUUUGUGCCAUGGCUAGUUGUGAACGGAUAUCCUGUUCGAGAAGAUUACCAAAAUUUUGUUCACUACAUUUGUGAAGCUUACAAAGGACCCAAUAUUCCGAAAGCCUGCAAAUCAAGAUCGUUUGAACACGAUUCAUCUCAAGCUGGGAUUUCUACGCCGAAAUUUGACCAUCAUUAG